AUGCUCGCAUAUGGAUCACCUGCAGAUGAUGUGGAUGAAUAUGUUAGGAUUAACGAAAGUACAACAAUAGAGAGUUUGAAGAGGUUCACAAAAACAGUAAUUGAAGUAUUUGGAGAGCAAUAUUUGAGGCAGCCAAAUACUAAUGAUAUUGUAAGGCUGAUGAGCGUGGCUAAGCAACGUGGGUUUCUAGGUAUGUUGGGUAUAACAUUGAUUCAUGCCUUUUUGGGAUUGCCGGGAUCAUUAAACAAUAUUAAUGUGCUAGAUAGAUCCCAUGUAUUCUCUAAAUUAGCAGAAGGUUGUAGUCCUGAAGUUUCGUAUACUAUUAAUGGACAUGAAUAUACCAUGGGAUAUUAUCUUGCCGAUGGUAUAUAUCCCUCAUGGUGUACUUUUGUUAAAACCAUUCCAUCUCCUCAAGGGAAUAAGAAGAAAUUUUUUGCUGCACAACAAGAGUCUGCUAGAAAGGACGUCGAACGAGCAUUUGGAGUCCUACAAUCACGAUUUGCAAUAGUGCGUGGACCGGGACGUAUGUGGGAUGUUGAAACACUCAAAUAUAUAAUGACGUCUUGUAUCAUACUGCACAAUAUGAUAGUUGAAGAUGAACGUGAUACAAUUCGUGAAGACGUGAAUUUCAACUAUGAUGCAGUUGCUGUUACUCCAACAAUUAAUUUGUCUCGCAAUCGCACAAGUGAAGUUAUGGAGUUCAUACAAGUUUACCAUCAAAUUCGAGACAAACAGACUCAUGUACAACUCCAAAAUGAUCUUGUGGAGCAUUUAUGGGAAUUGAAUGGUAAACAUUUGACUUGA